GCCGGAAGAGAGGCGGGCCGCGGUGGCCGCCGGGGAGUCGGGAGCUGGAAAAAUGGUGGUCACCCGAUCCGCGCGGCCUCAGGCCAGGGGCCAAGCCACAUCGCCUGAAAGCUCCCGGCAGAAGAAUUCUGCUGCUAAAAGAAUUGAAGCACAUCCAAAAGGCAGGAAGGAAUCUCCAUCCGAUGACCCAAGUACUGCUGAAUCACAGAGCACUAGGAAACGACGUCCAGUCUCUAGAACUCCUAAAACCGGAAGGAGGAAGAGCAGAACUACAGGCUUAUUAUGUGAGCAAAUAGACAAACCAUCUACUGACGGAGAGACCUCUGAAGCAGAGUCAACUUGUUCUUCUGUGUCUGAACGCCAGAGUCCCAUUUUAAGAAUAACUAGAAGGCGGCAGAUCUUAAUUGCAUGCACACCAGUGUCCAGUGCCAGGAAAAGGCUGAAAAUAACUCCAAUAAAUGAGUCUCCUACUGAAGAAGUCUCUGAAGCAGAAUCGCAUGUUUCAGGUAUUUCUAGAAUUGUGCUUCCCGCAGUAAUAACUACAAGAACCAGGAGAAGUAAGGUUAAAUCCCUAACAGAUCCAAGCCAAGAAUCACAUAUGGAAGCUAUUUCUGAUGCUGAGUCAUCAUGCUCAGACAUGUCUUCAUUUUCUGGAAUUUCAACUAGGAGAACAACCAGAAGUAUGCAGAGGAAAUUACAGGCACAAACUGAGGAGAAAGAUACUAAGAUUGUACCAGGAAAUGAAAAACAAAUCAUAGAUACACCUAUGAAUUCAGAAGAUUCAGAUCCCAGACAAACUUCUCGUUUACUGGCAAGAUCUCUUUCUCAGAUAAAUAGGCCAAAUUUCUGUAAUAAUGAAAUGUAUAAUGACUUUGAUGAUGAUUCUUUCCACGGAAAUUCAGAAAAAAAAUUAACGGUGCAAAAACGCCGAUGUUUUAAUAUAACAGAGGAAAAACAGGCCAAUGUUGCACCUCUCAAAGAAAUAAUAAAGCAGAAUUGUAGGAGUUUAGAUGAGGAAGCCAAAGGAAUGAUAAAUGAGGGAAAAGAAAUUAAUGAAAAAAAUUCUCAGUUUAAGAGUCUCUCUGAACUUAAGGACACUAGCAUUCAGCACUUACUUUCUCAAAGGCAUUCAACCCCCCAAAAUAAGAAAACUACAUCAGAGCCCUCAAAUCUGAACUGUGAGGCUAUAAUGAAAUCCUUAGCUCAAACAUUUGCAGUUGUGGAAGUGGACAGAUGGAAUGAAAAGAGACAGAGCACCAUAAAAACAAGGGACUUGACAGAAUUUGGUGAUGGUAGUGGCAGUGAUGAAGAAGAGUGCACUGUUAUAGGUGUCUGUCAAGAUACGAACGAAGAAAGGGAUGUAGAUUUUGAGGGUGAAGACGUGAACAAAGAAAGGGAUACAGAUUUUGAGUGUGACACCAAACUAUACAGGUCUGAGUUCAACACAUCUCAGGAUAAAGGUGAUUCUGUUUUAUUAGUUCUCAGCAGUGAUGAAAGCCAGCAGUCCAAAAACAGUGAGAAUGAAGAGGACACUGUGUGUUUUGUUGAAAAUAGUGGUCAAAAAGAGUCAUUAAAUGAAGACUUGGAAAAUAUGUUGUGUGACAAUGCGCUGUUUGUGAUCGACACAACUCCUGGAUUGAGUGCUGAUAAAAAUUUUUACUUGGAUGAGGAAGACAAGACAAGUGAGGUUGCCAUUGAAGAAGAAAAAGAAGAGGAGGAAGAGGAUGAAAAAAGUGAAGAAGAACCAUCAGACAGUGACAAAAAUAAAGAUAGUGAAUUUAGUGAUGAAGAUGACUUACUAAACGGCACAAAGUCUAAACUUCUGAAGUUGACAAGCAGCAGCAUAGACCCUGGUUUGAGUAUCAAGCAAUUGGGUGGUUUGUAUAUUAAUUUCAGUGCAGACAAACUACAGUCGAACAAGAGAACCCUAACACAGAUCAAGGAGAAAAAGAAAAAUGAGCUUCUGCAAAAAGCCGUCAUUACACCUGAUUUUGAAAAAAACUACUGUGUCCCACCAUAUCGUGAAUCAAAGUAUCAACUUCAGAAAAAACGCAGGAAAGAACGACAAAAAACAGCAGGUGAUGGCUGGUUUGGUAUGAAAGCUCCAGAAUUGACAGAUGAACUAAAAAAUGAUCUCAAAGUACUGAAGAUGAGAGCUAGCAUGGACCCAAAAAGGUUUUACAAGAAAAAUGAUAGGGAUGGCUUCCCCAAGUACUUCCAGAUUGGAACCAUUGUUGACAAUCCAGCUGACUUCUACCAUUCACGAAUUCCCAAGAAACAAAGGAAGAGAACUAUUGUGGAAGAGCUGCUGGCUGAUUCUGAGUUCAGAAGAUAUAACCGAAGGAAGUACUCAGAGAUCAUGGCUGAAAAAGCAGCAAAUGCAGCAGGAAAGAAGUUUCGAAAGAAGAAGAAAUUUCGCAAUUAAGAUUCACCAAGCAAACCACAAUAUUUUACAUCUCCCCUUUAUUUAUUUAGUAAAGAUGUUUUGAAAACGAACACCAUCACAUAAAUUAA